UAUGAUAAGUAAGAGGUGCGUUCGCGUGCUAAGUGCUAACCCAUUUUUUGUUGUCAUUUUUAACACCUCUCUUAAUUACACAUCAUUGGAGUCAUUCUCUUUCCUAUUUUUUUUAACAGAUGGAUGAUAUUGAGCUAAUGACCUUUUUUAAUAAAAAAUAUGAACACAUAGGAUUACUAACUUAUGACUUAUGAUCAAAUGACUUAUUAGAGUCAUUCUCUUUCCUAUUUUUUAAUAAAAAAAUAUGAACACAUAAGAUUACUAACUUAUUGGAGUCAUUCUCUUUCCUAUAUUUUUUUAACAGAUGGAUGAUAUUGAGCUAAUGAACUUUUUAAUAAAAAAUAUGAACACAUAGGAUUACUAACUCCUCAUAAGUCCACAUGUAUCUUUCCCAGUGAAAAGCUUCGAAUUGGGGAUUUCCGAUUUAGAUGAAUUUACAGAAUUGUCCUUUUGGAGAAACACACUGUUUUUUUCUGACGUUUUAAACCUGCCGGGCUUUCAUUUAAAAAAGCGGAUAAAACUGGGCCUGAAACUAUUAAAUGGGCCAAAUAGUGGGCUGGGGAAUAAUUUUUCUCAGGCGAGCACGUAAACCGGUUGUUUAAUUCGACCAGUGAUAUUUUUUGUGGAGCUCCGCCGGAGAAGAGAGUGAAAAUUUCCAAUUAUUGAGAGAGUUAACGGAAGGAAGACGAAAGACUCAGUUUGCAUCCUCUCCAAUGAGCGAUAAGAGCGGGAGUCUUCAAGUCCAGGUGGAUCCCAACCUUCCGCGAUGGAUGUGCCAGAACUGCCGGCACUCUCUUUGCAUCGUCGGAGCUGAUUCCUUCGCCGACAAGUUCUUAAACGAGUCCUCUUUCCGCUCCGCUCAUGGUGCUAACAGCGUACUGGGCUCGUCACGCAUGGACAAUUCUUUUGUCGUAUUGCCAAAUCAAAAGCCCCAACUGCAGGGAAACCCUCCACGUCCACGAGGUGGAGGCGUUCAGCCUGGGAAGGCUAUGGAUGAAUCCUUUGUCGUCGUGUACAAGUCUGAGCCUGCCUCUGAUGGAGGCGGAGGGGGACAGUUGCCUGCUCUAGAAGGAGGAUCCAAUGGUCAGUUGCAUCCCAACAAUGCCGGGUUUCAUUCUACAAUCUCGGUCCUUAAACGGGCAUUUGAGAUUGCAACAACGCAGACACAGGUUGAGCAGCCAUUGUGUCUUGAGUGCAUGAGAGUGUUAUCUGAUAAACUUGACAAGGAGGUUGAAGAUGUGAAUAGGGACAUUGAGGCGUAUGAAGCAUGCCUCCAACGCCUUGAAGGAGAGACCCGAGAUGUUCUCAGCGAGGCUGAUUUUCUGAAGGAGAAACUAAAGAUUGAGGAGGAAGAAAGAAAACUUGAAGCUACUAUUUCAGAGAUCGAGAAACAGAAUGCUGAAGUAAAUGCUGAACUGGAGGAAUUGGAGUUAAAAUCUGGCCGCUUUAAAGAACUGGAAGAGAGGUACUGGCAGGAGUUCAAUAAUUUUCAGUUCCAAUUAAUAUCAUAUCAGGAAGAGAGAGAUGCGAUUCUAGCAAAGACCGAGGUUUCUCAAGCGCACUUGGAGUUGUUGAAGCAAACCAGUGUGCUGAGUGAUGCUUUCCCAAUCUAUCAUGAUGGAGACUUUGGAACUAUAAACAAUUUCCGACUUGGCAGACUUCCUAAAAUCCCGGUUGAAUGGGAUGAGAUAAAUGCUGCCUGGGGCCAAGCUUGUCUACUCCUCCAUACAAUGUGUCAAUACUUCAAGCCAAAAUUUCCAUAUCACAUAAAAAUGAUUCCUAUGGGGAGCUACCCGCGCAUCAUGGAUAGCAACAACAAUUCCUAUGACCUGUUUGGACCGGUGAACUUAUUUUGGAGCACUCGCUAUGAUAAAGCGAUGAUACUGUACCUAACAUGCCUCAAGGACUUUGCUGAUUUUGCAUAUUUGAAGGACCAAGAGAACAACAUCCCACCUGAGAGUAGGUUCAAGUUUCCAUACAAGAUUGAGAAUGACAAAGUGGAAAGCCAUUCCAUCGCCCAGAGCUUCAAUAAGCCAGAGAACUGGACAAAAGCAUGCAAGUACACGCUUUGCAAUUUGAAAUGGGCUCUCUACUGGUUCAUUGGAAACACUAAUUUCCAACCUAUGACUACACUAAUGGUCUCUCCGCGUGUAAAUGUACCGGGGGCAGGGUCUUUGUAUGCAAAGCAGCAGCAGCGUGGUGGUACAGGCUCGAAACGUGAUUCUCGCAGAACAUGAAAACCAGACUUACUAAUGAGAUACUGGGACUGGGAACCCGUGAAAGGGUUUGUAGAUAGAAAGUAGGACUGUUAGGUUACUCCAAUCCUAUUUUAGCUUUGUUAUCCCGAUUCCUCCCGUAGCAACUACUACUUACUGUUGGAGUUAUUCCAUGUACCCAGUGGAAAGCACAUAUCUCCUUUUGUGUGGUAUAUGCAUAGUCAAUUGUUCGUGCAUCCUGUUUGGUUCGAAGCAGAUAUCGUGUACAUAUGUUAUUCCUCAAUACAUUUCUUGAGGUUCG